ACAGGGUCUUGAAAUCCGCAAGAAACAAAAUUGCCUAAAACAUUCGUCCAAACGAAUCUACGUGAAAGCCUGAAGAUCGAAUUAGUCUAAAAACCGCGCAUCUCUUGCAGUUUACAUAUCCUCAAGAAAAAUGAAAGUGUUCGCGCUGUGUUCGAUGCUUGCCUUGCUCCUGGCCGGCGCUCAGGCCCUGCCCCAGGGCCGCGAGGGUGCCGCCUACACAAACGAAGCCAUCCGGCAGGCACAGCAAACCCUGCUCAUACCCAAGGACGCCCAGAUACAGAACGUUCAAGAGGGCAUUGAGCUGGGUGCCUACGAGCAGAUUCCCGGCAACCAGCGCAUCAAUCUCUUCGAGAUCCUGGGCGACCAGGUGCCCUCCGAGGUGAUAAACAACCUGCAGGCCCAGGUCGACCAGAUCGGUCGCAAUUAAGAUGUAAGACUUUACUUGUUAGAUCAUUUCCAUUUCGCAUCUUUUGUUAAGUUUUCCAAUAAUAAAAAAAAAAACCACAAAAAUGAAAGUAAUUUAA